UUGCAAUCCAUCCAUCGGGUUCAGUUUCGCGCCAACCGUAGAACCGUUCGGAGUACUUUACGUUCGGGUCCGUUUGUCACUUUGUGCGUUAGUCCGCGAAGCUACCUACCUGUGGAGUAGUUUUGGUGUUCUUUGGUGAUUCGGUUUUUAGUUCGAAACCUUCAAGCUUCAAGAUGGCCGUUAGCCGUUUGUCGAUCGUGAAAUUCCUCGAGUUGGCCCUCACCAUCAGCUGCGUAGUUCUGCACUACAAAAGUUUGGGCGAAACCGACGAGAUGACGAUUCUGCUGGUCGCCGGUACCUUCGUCGGCUACAGCAUCAUCCUGAUCGGAUUGUUUGCCGGUUACCUGCUAGGCAACCCGAUCAACAAGAAGAUUGACCUGUUCUUCAGUCUGCUCGGCUGUGCCAUGUUCAUCGCGUCCGGUGUGCUGAUCCUGCAGGCCUGGGAGAGUGGCUUCAAAACCGACCGCCGACGAAUGGCCAUCUCCAAGGGUUCCCUGGCCAUCAUCAACGGGGUCCUGUUCUUCUUCGAUGCCGUGUUCACCUUCCGAGAUUAGAUUGGCGCUCGGGGCAGCGCCGACAACAUGCCAAAUACAUACAUACAUACAUACAUACAAUCGCUGGAAAAUCAGCGACAGGAGAUAAAGAGAACUGUAAUCUCAUAACUUACUUCUAUAAAUUACACACAAAAAACAAAAACGAUAAGACGCUAGUUUGUUAAGAUUGAUAUUUAUGUACAACCUCUCUGAAAUCGAAACUAUGUAAGUGGACUAAGUGUGAAAUCUAUGUCAUAGCUUUUAGACAGCCCACAGUGCCCGGUGUCGGCCGCCAGACGGCGUCGUCACGCCACAGUACAACAGAUGGCAGCACCAGUGCCUGCUGGCAAGCUUUCGUUUAGCAUUUUUUUUUUCGUAGCGUAGCAACGCUUCAAACCAGCGGACAAUUUUUUUUCCGGUACGUCCUUCUUUACCCAUUGUACAACAAUAUCAUCGAAUUUUUGAUACAUGUUUAUAUUUUUUUUGAGAAAUUUAAAUAAAAAAUGUAUUUAACGUAACGAA